CAAAGCCCGCAGAGCUGCGGGUCCGCAUCUGCCUCUGCUCGGGCAGCAGCUCGCGGUGCCCCCGGAGGCAGCGGUCCGCGAUGAGCCCGAGCUCCCGCCGCAUCCCAGGGAUGCUCGCAGCCAUCCUGCCCCGCAAACUCUGCCGGGAUGAGGGCUCUGCGAAGCGUUCAGCCCGCAGAGGUAAGAGCAGGGGCCGCUCCUGCCGGAGAGGGGUGAAGCGGGGGGUUCGCCUGUCUCUCUGCGCACUUGCACCGGCGUGAAAAGGGCGUUUGUGAGCGAAGCCUCCAGCACAGCCCCUUCCCCUCUACUUCUACGACACCGCUGGAGGAACCCGCCCUGGGGGUAGCGCCUGCUCCUCGUCCCCUACCCCUUCCUCCGGAGUCGCCUGGAAUCGCUGUUGGAUUUUCCUCCCAGAGGGGAACGGAGGGAGUGCAGCUGAGCUGCAUCCUCAGGAUGACGUCCUGAGCGCUCCGCGGUCGGAGGGAGCGGGUGGUGCAGUUUGACAUCUGCUACAGCACUGCCCGACGCUCCCCGGAGCGCUGUAUCUGCCCCGGGGGCUUCUGCAGCUUUCCAGGAGCUUUCACAGUCCGGGUUUCUGUAGCCCUGUGCUCUCUUACCUCGGGCUGUGACGUCUCCUUUCCUGACAAAUUUUGUGCUUGUCUGGAUGGUCUACAAGAAAGGUUUCCUGUUGAGACACACAUCGGUGCCUUGGAGUUACUCCAGACUGCACGACCGCAGCCGUUAGCAAUUCAAUCCUGCCAGGGGCCCAGGAGAUGCUGGAGUGCUGAGUGCCUGGCAGGAUUGGGCUUCUGAGACAGCAGAGACUGUGAACUUUCCUUGGUGAAAUCUAGAUUCUCGUCCCAGCUCUGCUAUGGACUUGCUGCUUGACCUUGAGGUAGGACAGCUUGGGUCUGAUCCAGCUCGCCAUCGCUUACGCUGGGAUCUGCGUUGUUAUUUGACUCUGGUACCUUGCUUUCUGCAAUCAACAAAACAGAGCGAGAGCCCACGGUUGCAUUAGUUCUGGGAAGCAUCCGAGACCCAGCAAUAGAUGAUGCGACAGAAGCCUGAGCACUGGAAAGCCCUGUUUGAUCAGUUUGAUCCUGACAACACUGGCUACAUCAGCACUGAGAAGUUUCGCUCCCUUCUCCAGAGACACGGCUCGGAGCUGGACCCCCACAAGCUGGAGGUCCUGCUGGCCCUGGCAGACAGCAACUCUGAGGGGAGGAUCUGCUACCAGGACUUCGUCAACCUGAUGAGCAACAAAAGGUCAAACAGUUUCCGCCAAGCCAUCCUUCAGGGGAACAGGAGGCUGUGCAGCAAAGCGCUGCUGGAGGAAACGGGGCUGAGCCUCUCGCAGAGGCUAAUCCGGCACGUUGCGUAUGAGACUCUGCCGCGAGAGAUAGACCGCAAGUGGUACUACGACAGCUAUACCUGCUGCCCCCCACCCUGGUUCAUGAUCACCAUCACUAUUGUAGAGGUUGCCUUUUUCCUUUACAAUGGAGUGGUAUUAGACAGAUUUGUGCUGCAAGUCACCCAUCCCUUAUACCUGAAGAAUGCAUUACUUUACCACCCACAGCUCCGUGCUCAGGCUUGGAGGUACCUAACCUACAUAUUCAUGCAUGCAGGGAUAGAACACCUUGGACUCAAUGUUGUCCUUCAGCUCUUGGUUGGGGUUCCCCUGGAAAUGGUGCACGGAGCUGCGAGGAUCAGUUUUGUGUACGUUGCUGGAGUUGUGGCAGGAUCCCUGGCAGUGUCAGUAGCUGAUAUGACUGCGCCUGUGGUGGGCUCCUCUGGAGGCGUGUAUGCUCUUGUCUCGGCUCACUUGGCCAAUAUAGUCAUGAACUGGUCAGGAAUGAAGUGCCAAUUCAAACUGCUGCGCAUGGCUGUUGCCUUGAUCUGUAUGAGCUUCGAAUUUGGAAGAGCUGUGUGGCUGCGAUUCCACCCCUCCGCUUACCCACCGUGCCCACACCCCAGCUUCGUGGCUCACCUGGGAGGGGUAAUAGUUGGAAUCACCCUUGGUGUCAUUAUCCUGAGGAACUAUGAGCAGAGACUCCAAGAUCAGACUUUAUGGUGGAUCUUCCUCUCUAUUUAUGUUAUUUUUGUCUUGUUUGCCAUCUUCUGGAACAUUUUUGCCUACAGCCUGUUGGAUCUAAAGCUACCUCCUCCUCCUUGAAAGCGUGGGACAGAAAACUCGAGAGUGGAAGUCAUCUGUCAGCUGUGUUAAAUGAAUGAAGAUGGAGGAUCUAUUUUUAUAUUUAACUUAAGGGAGGAUGAUUCUUUUGAACACAAGUGUGUGCUGGAGGAAGUGCUUAAAGAUCUCAUGGAAGAACGGGCCGAUCAGUUUGUUCACAAAUAUAGCAGGUACUGUAAUACUGGUUGGCCCAGACCCUGUGAUUUCUCCACUGCCAAGACUCCCGUUGGGCAACUUCUCCCUGCGCACUUAUCACUUGGUUUGUCAGCACACAUCGGUAUUUUGUACGAGAUAUUCGUGUUUUCCAGGUCGGUGCUGGAACUAUGGCCAGUUGUUGAACGAAUCUCCUCAAUGUUACUGAACACUGAAAGGGAAAAGAGCAGACAAUUACUAAUUAGAGACUCGCGUGGUACUUACAGGGCAGCUUGGGUUUGGUUUCUACGGACCUCUGACUGUUCAGCCAAACCAGUGCCACUGUCUAAUUACUUGAAUGGUUCCUAAGAUAUUUUAGCCUAUGGUGAAACCUGUCUUACGCACCUUUCAAAGGAAUCGGCAGAAUUUGAUCACCCAAAGUGAUGGAGACUGGUCUUCAACUACAGGUCAAAUGAAAUUGCACUAUAAACCUUGAGAUCUCAUAGAGUGUUGUUGACACCCAGUCAGAGGGGACUUUUACUGUGCAUGCUUCACCUGAUUUUAAUGAUUUUUUUUUCUCCCCUAGCCUGUUUCUUUUUUGAGGGAGGGAGAAGAGGAGUGCAAAUGUAUCCAAUUGUGUGUUUAUCAGCUGACAAUCAGGUGCUGUUUUCUUCGCAUUUUAUUUCUGGCCACGUUGAUCUAACACCUGGCUUGCGGUGGGCUCCGAGCAAGGAUCUCAACUCUCCCAGCAGGUUCUCUACUCGAAAAAUGAGACCAGGAUCACCUACAGCAGUGCAGGGUGGGACCUACCUAGUCUUUACAGCCAUACAGUCCACCUGGGGCCAAAUCUGCCCACUGAAGUCAGUGGCAUUAAAUCAGGUUGUAGCGCUGGUUUCCCACUGAAGGGAAGGGGUGUUACAGUGAUCAAUGUGAAAGAGAAAACUGGUUUUGAAGUGACUGCUAAAUUUUGAGGAUGCCUCUUGCUGAGGCAAUGGACGUUCAGGAGCUCCGAGCAACCAGUAGUUGCACUGAUGCCUUUUUCUUUAACACUGGUCAACCCCAGGUUUUAGCAAGCUGUAGCUGGUCUGUAGCACAGGCUGUACAGAUGCUGCACGGACCUGGGGACCAAACCAGAGCAUCUGUAACACAAACAGUGCUUAUCGGUACACUUCUCUCUAAGGUGUUGAUGUUAUUUCACUUCUCACUUUUGAGAGCUGCCAAAAUACAGGCCAGGAAUGUAGAUGCCCUCCUUUUCUCUCCCCUUUAUCCACCUAGUUUGACUGCCAGGAUAAAGCAGCCACAGGAGUCUCUAGGCUAGCUCCUUUCUUCCUUUUUUGCUAUAAUAUUUCUGUACUGGUGCCCAGGCAGCAGCAACCAGAGCCUCCCACAGUGCAUCGCACAGGCGCUGUAGCAGUUUGCUCUGUAGCAAAACAUCUGUGUUGUGGGCUGUAUUCUCUCAGCUGUGUAACCAGUGCUGCCAGGUGAUACCACAAACUGGUAGGAGUCUGUCUUUCUAGAGGGGCCACUCACAAGUGCUCAUCAGCUGCCCCCUUCUUUGCUUCUUAGGGAAAAUCCCUCUGGAAGGGUGAAGUUCUGCUCCCGUAGUACACUCUUGUCAAACUUCUUUUGCCUCAAGGGAAGGGAUGGAGAGAAAAUCAGUGUUUCUACAGUUUGGAAUAAGCCUUACCUGCGAAAGAAACAUUUUUUGCCACCUUCCUGCCCAGGAAUCGAAUGUCUGAGAGCAACUGCACCUUCGUUGUUCUGCAUGGCUGAGACUUUGCCCGUGGGCUUUCAGAUUGAAGAAGUAGAGGAAGGCAAAAGAGUCGGAGCUCUGUUCAGUUUGGAGAAGGGGAUUGCUGGUCCAUGCCGUUUUAUUUAUCUCUGCAAUUUGCAUUCAGGUCAAAGCAGUCACGAGAGUUUGCGUGCGUUGUUUCGUGUCAGGAGCUGCCCGGUGAGGUUUGUAGUGAUGGAGAUCAUCUGGGGAGCAGCGGGAGAGCAGAGAGCUGAGAGAAUACUGACAGGAGCACGGUUAAUGCACAAGGAGGACCUAUGGCUAAGCCUUUCUCGUUACAGAUGCCUUUCAAUCAGAGGUGAGCAGAAACAGGAGUUCCUCUGGGCGUUUUAGGAAAACCUUGGAAGGUUUGGUAGAAAAAUUCAAUCACAACAAACCCCAGAUUACUUUGCCUGUAAUUUAAGAGUACAGUAUGCACCAAUUCACUUUUAUUUUUGGGUUAUUUAUGCGCCUGCUUGUGAUGUGCUCUGGGGCAAAGCAGGAAGAUAUAAGUUCAAGGGCCGCACGCUUCUUCAUCAGCCUCAUCCUGGCCAAUGUAGCUUUGCCUCUGCUGAGGA